UUAGAAGAUGGAUAGGCGUAUAUAAAUAUCGAGUGGAUCGGCGGAUGGACGCAUGGGCAUUCAUAAAAUUAAUCCAACCAACGACUUUGAACUUUGAACAAGCCAUAUGGCCCCUUUCUUCUUUCGCUUUCUCCUAAUCUCCAUAGCCAUACGCUUUUCGUUUUCUUUCCAUUCUCCGAAUGAUAACUCCUUGAAUUCUCUUAAAUAUGCUUCCAUUAAAGACCGGAUUUUUGAGCUUGCUAAUGAUCAAGACACAUUGAAUUGGAUGAAGAAUAUCAGGAGAAAAAUUCACCAGAACCCUGAACUUGCAUUUCAAGAAUUCGAGACCAGUAAGCUUAUUCGGCAAGAACUUGAUCAGCUUGGUAUUUCCUAUCAAUGGCCCGUCGCAAGAACCGGUGUCGUGGCUGCAAUUGGGUCUGGUUUGCCCCCUUUUGUCGCUUUGAGAGCUGAUAUGGAUGCUUUGCCUAUUCAGGAAUUGACUGAAUGGGAGUACAAGAGCAAAGUAGAUGGGAAAAUGCAUGCCUGUGGUCAUGAUGGGCAUGUUGCGAUGCUUCUUGGUGCUGCAAAGAUCCUGCAAGAACUGAGACAUGUGUUGCAGGGAACUGUUAUACUUGUAUUUCAACCAGCGGAGGAACAAGGGCAAGGUGCAAAAGGCAUGAUUGAAGAAGGGGUGCUUGAUAAUGUGGAGGCCAUUUUUGGGUUGCACUUGGCUCAAAGGUAUCCCACCGGAGUUGUUGCUUCUCGGCCUGAAGAAUUCCUUGCUGGCUGUGGGAGCUUCAAAGCAAAGAUAAGUGGCAAAGGGGGUCACGCAGCCAAUCCUCAGCAAUCUAUUGAUCCAAUCUUGGCGGCUUCAGCUUCAGUAAUUAGCUUGCAACAAAUAGUUUCAAGGGAGACAGAUCCUCUAGAUUCUCAGGUGGUUUCUGUGGCCACGAUCCAUGGAGGAUCUGCAUUUAAUGUGAUACCGGACUCAGCCACAAUAGGCGGAACUUUCAGGGCUUUCAGCAAGAAGAAUUUCCAUGCACUGAAAGAAAGAAUAGAAGAGGUAAUUAAAGGGCAAGCAGCUGUGCAUAGGUGCUCUUCUGAGAUUGAUUUCACUGGAAAUGAAAACCCCACAAUUCCUCCAACCAUAAACGAUGCUAAAAUCUAUGAACAUGCACGGCGUGUUUCAAUUGAACAAGUAGGAGAAGAGAACACUCAACUAGCACCUACCUUCAUGGGGAGCGAAGAUUUUGCUUUCUACCAGGAAAAAGUACCUGGAUCCUUCUGGCUUUUAGGCAUAAGAAAUGAGAAACUUGGAUGCAUACACCCUCCACAUAGCCCUUAUUUUACCGUGGAUGAGGAUGUGUUUCCCAUUGGAGCAGCCAUACAUGCAGCCUUUGCGUAUUCUUACCUUUCAAAUUCAACAACAAAUUUGAGUUCCUUCUGAUUACGAAUCAAGGUUACAAAUUUUGAUUUAUUGUUGCUAAAUUAUUUUAGAUUUUGAUUGCUGUAAUCUGUUUAGAAGACGCACAAUUCAUUUAUCUUCAUGUGGGGUUGGGGGUGGUGGUGGGGGGAAGGGUCUUUACAUUUUACAGACUUUGUAGAUAUAUAAUUGGGGAAACAAAGUUAGAGCAAAGAAAAAUUACUUUAUUGUUCAACCUUUUUGUGUCACUUUUUUACCUCUUGCAUUGAAGGUAAAUGAAAAAUUGUCAAUUUAAUUCAAGAGAAUGCUAUUAUUUUUUUCUC